UUUCAGUGACAUUUAAUUCGAUUUUUCGAUCCUCACAAAUUUCUUCUAGAAUUCAUUCACUUUAGUUUUUGUUAACCCUAAGCAGAAUAAGUAAAAUAAACACGAAAUGUCAAUUUUCAGUGAUAUAUUACCGAUCAAUAAAAAUGAAGAGAAGACUCAAGCUGGGGGCAACCUGUCCCCUUAUUUGAACUUCGAUCCUCAUUAUAUACCAAAAAUGCAGCCAGAAUUUAUCUAUCCCGAUGAUAGUCAUAUGGCUUCUACAGCAAGAAGAUCUAAUGUGGCUCUCCCUAUCAUUGGAAUGUCUUUCAUGACCGGAUCAGGUCUUGGUGGAAUGGCUGGAUUAUACAAAGGUCUGAGAGCAACAACACUGGCUGGGCAAACAGGCAAAGUUAGAAGAACACAAGUUGUCAACUACAUCAUGAAACAAGGUACCACAACAGGCUGUACAUUGGGUAUAAUUGCGUCCUUCUACUCCUGUAUUGCUCUUGGAGUAACUUGGUUAAGAGAUAAAGAGGACACCGCAAACACAUUCAUUGCAGCCGCAACAACAGGUGUCAUAUACAAAAGCACGGCCGGCCUACGAUCAAUUGGUUUAGGAGCUGCUGUAGGGUUAACACUUGCUGGAGUUUACACAUUAGUAACAGACAACGACAACAUAUGGAGUAAAGCGAGAUACAAUAGAUUGUGAUUCACUUCUUUUAGGGAUAGCACAGAUAAGCAAUGCCACACUAUAGUUUGCAAAAUAAAUGUUUAUGUACAUCUAUAAUCAAGAUUACAUAAAUAUUUUUA